AUGGUGAUCUGGUUAACUAUUCACUAUAAUGUUGAUUUGAAAUUAUUGGAAAGUAUAUUUGAAAAGCAUUCUUAUCAUCCUUGUGGUAUUGAUUUUGAGAAAAAUGAAUCUGAUAUAAUGGAAGAAUGUUUUACAGUAUAUCGUUCUGAUGAAUCAUUUUUACAUAAAGUUGGAGAUCAUAUUGUUAAAGAAAUAGUGAAGAAGUCAACUACAUGUACAGUCAAAUUGUACCAUAUAACCCCAAAAAAUUUAAAGAAGUGUCCAUUUAUUGUGACUAUUUCUCAAGAAAAUUUUUAA